UAUAGGUUGCACACUGUAAGCAAGGCAUGGGAUGACAAGUCGGAGAUAUCGACAGGCAGCCGUGCAAACCUAAAGCAUGCUUUUGGUUUAACAAUCAUUUUUGGAGUAGGCUUAAAUAUACACAGAGUGACAGAUUUUAGAGUUCAUGGCUUUGGAAUCCACAUGACAAGACGCGCGUAUUCCAGAACAAGAGCGUCUUUACAGCGUUCCAUCGUCAGGACGACAGUCGUCUCUUUAUCAAAGUAUUAUUUUUUUCUGCGCACAAUUUAAUGGCCUAUACUACGCGAGUGACAUUUGUUAGAGACAUGCUUGAAAGAACGAGCAAGUAUUUUAGUUGAAAAAGCUUUACAUCUACAAAAAUAGAACGACAGCUUCCCAAGUCAGAGCAAAAAAAUAUGGAUACUUGCUUAAGACGUCUGAAGCAGGAACUGGUGUCUAUGAAGGAGGCAGGAGAUGGCCUCCAUGCUCAGAUGAACUCCAUGAUGGGGGCUCUUCAGGAACUCAAGCUUCUACAGGUGCAGACAGCGCUAGAGCAGCUAGACAUCUCAGGGAGGUCUGUCCAAAGGGCGGCCCCACCACCAGCAGAGGACACAUGCCCUGGCCCUAUCCCCAGCCCCAAUGCUACGAUUGGCUUUGGCCACGAUGAGACCCUGAGGCCCCCCCUGGUCAGGACAUCCAGCCAGGGGGGACACCAGAGCAGCCUGGGCACCUCGCCCUCUUCCUCCAGCCUGGAGACAGUAGAGACUGAGAGUGAGAACCAGCCUCUCCCUCUCCCCCGCAGAGUGUCUGGAUACACCACCCCACAGGUGGAGUACUGUGGCCCACGUCUUAGCCAAGUGUUCCCAGAGCAUCAUCAGCCGGCUCACUCAGGCCAGGUAUUGGAUCUCCCUGGCAUUCUCUACAGCCUGUCCAGGGAAGGCCCCUCGCUGGACAGUGACUACUCCCAGGACAGCAUGGACGACUCCAGAGACUGGACCUCCUCGCUCAUGAGCCGCAGCCGCAACCGGCAGCCGCUGGUGCUGGGGGACAACGUUUUCGCCGACCUGGUGGGCAACUGGCUGGACCUGCCUGAGCUAGAGAAGGAGGAGAUGAUUGGCUGGACCGACAGGCCCGACUCCCCGGCCCACCCUCUCUGUCUCAGCCGCUCCCAGGAGAUCUGCAGGAAGGUCUCUCUGACCACCAAUAUCUUCAAGAAGUUCCUGCGCAGUGUGAGGCCUGACAGGGACAAACUACUUAAGGAGAGGCCAGGCUGGAUGGUCCCUGAGAGUCAGGAGGCCGAGCUCUUUAAGAGGCCCAAGAAAGUGUCUAAGCAGCAGACCAAGGGGAGUUUCUACCUCCCGUUCUGGGCAGGUGUAGGGCAGCAGGGUAAGGGACGGCCAUGUCCCCAGUUGGCUGAGGAGAGACAUCCCACGAGCCAGGGUCAGUUCUCUGGGCUUUACAUAGACAGGCGACAAGGGGCCAGAAUGGAGAAAAUGCUGCCCUUGUUUGACUAUAACACGGCUGUGUGGGUGUGAUGCUGACGCUGCUCUAGGAUGCUGCGGUGGUGGCAGGUGUUGGGGAUUUGGCUGGGAGCUCUUGGGUGGAAACAAGGAGGUUUGUGUGUCUGUCUGUCUCCUUCUCCAAGAGAAAAGGCAGACUGAGGGAUGAAUAUCCAGACUAUUUCCCAAUAGAGAGAUUAUCAGGGAAACUGUUUGUCUGACAAUCCUAAGACCUUUUUGUCUGUGACUGUGAGAGCAAGCAGGACUUUCUCUAAUAGAUGGGUUCACCAAAGUUAAUAAGAUUCUAUUGAGUGCAUAAGUGCCCUGGACUAUACAAUAUACGGUACUUCAAUAUGGACAUAAUAAUGCUCUGAAUUUCUCUCGAGUUGUUACAGCAUCAUCAUGGUUUCAAACCUCAACCCUGUUUCAUAUGUUUGAAUUCUACUGUAUACCCAAGUGUAUCCCCACCCUCAUCUCGUACUUCUGUCAGUUGUGACACAUCCUGCAUGGGCACUACUAAAUGUUUCUACUAAAUGUUUCAUCUAUGACAUUGUGAAACAGUCACUGAACUGCCACUGAACACAACCACAGGUGCUUCUCUGCCUCGCUGCCCAGAGUCAGACGGCUGGAUGAAUACACACAGAGUGUAAUAUUGUUCCAUCAGCCUAACUCAGGGAUCGGGAUGUGGCCUGUGUGAUCGACUGGGUUCAAACCGGGAUCUCCUGUACACCACAAGACUAUUAUCCCGCUGAGGUAAAGCCUAGGUAUUAGCUUGGGGAGCUAACACAGGUCUUCAGGUCUCAGGCAAGGUUACUCAUCACAUGGUUCCUUGGUUUCGAACCACCUCUGUUACAUCUUCACCAUCCACCUACACACACAGGAUAGGGUUAAAGGCCCAGUGCAGUCAAAAAAGAGAUUUACCUGUGUUUUAUAUAUAUUUCCACACUAUGAGGUUGUGAAAAUGAUUGUAAUGCCCUUUUAGUGUGAGAGCUGUUUGAAAAGACAUGCAGACAUGAUGGCACAUCGUGACUCUUCAGCCAAUCCUCCUGUAUAGUGUAUUAUACAUGGCAGAGAGAGAGGGAGUGAGAGCGAAAGAGCUGUGUACCAUCUGGCUGCCUACAGUUACAUAAGGACAAGCUAGCAGCACAGACAAGAGGUGCAGUCAUUCAGCGUAGGCUGUCGAGUGUUUUGAAACCAACCCUAAGCUGUGAUGCUGAAGUUACAUGUAUGUAAUGCCAGACAGGGCCUGGAGACAGGGCCUGAGACAGGGCCUGGAGACAGGGCCUGGAGACAGGGCCUGGAGACAGGGCCUGGAGACAGGGCCUGGAGACAGGGCCUGGAGAGUUCAUGUAGAAAGCAGAGGACUGAGGAGGAGGAGAAUGUUUACAGUGAAUCAUGUACAUCAUGUACAUGCAGUAAUAAAUGUCAUGAUGUCAACAAAGUCAUCUUGUUGCCAUUGUGUAAAGUCAUUUUAAAAAGGGACUUAAAGAGAUGAAGGUUGAACCCGGAAGAUAUGUGGUUAGACCAAGCACUCUUUAUGAAACUGUAUGAAGGAGGUGUUGUGAAGAGAUUUGAGAGAGCAGCAUGAACAUCAGAAUGGUUUAGCAACAUUUGCAAUCAUUUUCCAGAGCUGAGCUCCACAUAUAAUUUCCUCAGGGAAAUCACUGUAAUUACAAAAACUAUUUAUCUUCUUUAGAAAACACACGGUGUGCAAGUACAAUCCUCAGCCCUCACUAGUAAUAAGAGUGGCCUGAGAAGUCAAACAUCACCCCAUCCAUUGAUUCAACAGACAUGAUUAUGAAUGUUCCAAUGCAGCCAUUUUUAUCUCAAUAUCAAAUCAUUUCUGGGAAAUAAUUAAGUAACUUACUGUGAUUGUUUUCGAUUAAAAUUGUCAAAAAGAAACAAAAAUACCUUCUUAGCAUGAGCAAUUUCUCAACCAAAAAUGUAGCUAGGACUGAGUGUGGAAGGGAAAACUGUAAACUAGUUGUUAUUGGCAGAGAGGUUUGGAACACUCAUUAUUAUCUCACCAGGCAGACCAUAACUCCAUCAGGCAGACCAUCCCCACAGAACAGGCUGAAAUUUCAGGCGGUCUAUUCAAAGGGCUUUAUCAUAAUUUUCACAAUUUCACAGCAUUACUCCAACCUCAUAGUGUGGAAAUAUAUAUAAAACAAAGGCAAAUCAUGUUUUUGACUGUACUGGGCCUUUAAAUAUCUCUUCAUGUACUAAAAACACAUGGGUUUCUUUCAAUAUUCAGGUCGGAUUAUAUUCAGUAAAUCACACACACAGACGGACAGUCUCUACAAAAACUGUUAUGCCAUAAGAGCCUCUAUGAGCCUCUCUCUGCCUGUAGUCUUAUUCAUAUUUACAGCUAUAAUUGUCAUUUUAGCACUGUUGUUAAAACUGCGGUUCUGCGAACCUCAAAGUGUUCCUGAGUGUAAAUUUGCACUGUAAAACUUCCACUGGCUCUUUAUAAAUUAAACUUUUUUCUGAAGACACUG